AUGGCCGAUGCCGGGUCCCUUGGGGAAGUCGUGGUGCGCUGCAUUGAUGACCUACAGUUCCAGGUCGUGGUAUUGCGAGUCCACAGUGACACUGCAGAUGUGUUGUACCUGGACGAUGGCAAAGUGGAGCCGGGCGUACCUGCAGACGAAAUUGACUGGCAAGCCAGCGAUGGAAGGAAGCUCUCGACGGACCAUCCAUUUUUCGAGGCGGGUGUGGAGAAGUUAGUCGAGAUGGAAGCGGCAACCACGGCCGCGUUCGAACCCACAACGAGCAACAUGCGUUGGGAACAAGGCAGAUUCCGGGAGGAGGACGGCGCGGUGGUUCUCUCCAGCUGCAUCGCGGUCCUCAUGCCGCAGGUAGUCAAGGACUGGGACUCGGAGGCUGCCAUGCAAGCUUGCGGAGCCGGCUUGCCGGAACCCCAGUAG